AUGAUUGCUGACGUGCCCGAACGUUCAGGGACGCAAUCAUGCCCUCCUCCCGAGUUGCCUCAGCUUGUCGCUGAGCAACAUGUCGCCAUUCCUCCUGGUGAUAAGGAAACAAAGCGUUUGAUCGUGGUGCUCUCCCAUGCCAGUCUGGAAACAUUCCGUGCGUCACAUGGAGGACGAAAUGGCACAGGCCGGGACGAGAAAUAUUCUCUACUUAACAGUGAUGAGCACAUUGGCGUUAUGCGCAAGAUGAACCGGGACAUUAGUGAAGCCCGUCCUGACAUUGCCCAUCAGUGUCUCCUUACCCUCCUUGACUCCCCCAUUAACAAAGCCGGCAAGCUACAAAUUUACAUUCAUACUGCCAAGGGCGUUUUGAUUGAAGUGAACCCCGCUGUCCGCAUUCCUCGCACGUUCAAGCGUUUCGCCGGUCUUAUGGUUCAGCUUCUCCAUCGACUCUCCAUUCGUUCAACCAACUCGCAAGAAAAGCUCCUCAAAGUCAUCAAGAACCCCAUCACCGACCAUCUGCCCCCAAACUGCCGCAAGGUGACACUCAGUUACGAGGCUCCAGUCGUGCGAGUCAAGGACUACAUUGAGUCGCUCGGCCCCAAGGAGAGUAUCUGUAUUUUCGUCGGUGCCAUGGCCAAAGGUCGGGAUGAUUUUGCGGACACCUUCAAGGAUGAUGCGAUCAGUAUCAGCAACUAUAGUCUGAGUGCUAGUGUCGCAUGCAGCAAGUUUUGUCAUGCCGCCGAGGAAGUGUGGGAUAUUCUUUGA